AGGCGGCGCUGCCUGGUGUGUGCGGAGACGGAGGGAUGCGGUGUCCGCCAUUACCACCUGGACCCCCGCACCCUCUCCGCCGCCUCCCGCAGGGCGCCGGGGCCCCGCCAGCACCGCGUGUUGUCCAGAAACUACCCCCUUUGUGAGGCCUCGGCGGGCGGAACUCGGGGCUGCCCGAAAAUUGGAAUUGUCGAUGGGCGGAACGCGAGGCGGGAGCCGCGGGGCGGGGGGGACCGGUCUUGGCGUACCAGGGCCCAGUGGGGGAACGGUUUGUGCGACGGACCGAGGAUGGGAUGAUGGCGGCGGUGCCGAAGGUGCUGUGCUGGGAGAAGGGAGCGAUGCUCAGACAGCUAUUUGCCCUUAGCAGAGCUUUUAAUCAUUGUCUUGUUUCCUCCAGAGCAGCAACAUCCAGAGAAAACCAUCUGUGUGCUGCAGGUGCUGCUCUCCUGAGUUGCCACAGAUCCUACAGAUCCCGUCCUACUCAUGGAAUUGGGAGGUAUAAAUACCUGCUCCCACCAGAGACUCCAAAGAAGAAAAAGGACAGAGUGCAGAUGAAGGAGAUCAAUCCUGGCACUGAGUUUGAAUAUGGAGAUGUCAACAUCCAGAUGACUUCCUAUGACAUGUGCCUGGUGGAGCACUUUGCCCAGUAUGUCCACAGGCUCUGCAACAGGCUCUCCAUCAAGGUCAACGAGAGCUAUGCCAUGCCCACCAAAACCAACGAGGUGCUGUUCCUGGAAGAGAAAGGAUCCAAGAUGCAGCUGGAUGCAAUCCUUACCACCCACCAGAGAGUUGUCCAGAUCAGUGGUUUGAGUUCCACAUUUGCUCCAAUACUCCUGGAGGUUAUCCAGAGUAACCAGCCCGAGGGGGUCCAUCUCCUCAUCAAACAGCACACAGAAGCCGACUUCAAGAGCAGAUUGAAGGCUCGGCCAGAGCUGGAAGAGCUGCUGGCACAGUUAGGCUGAGUGAGGAAAAACUGCUCCAUCCAGGGGCUGCUCCAGCCUCCAGAGGGGGAUUCCACGAGCACUGUGCUGAGAACUCGGUGAAUUGGAAGGAAUUCCCACUGUUGGUUGUCUCAAUAAAGAUGAAUAAUGUGUUUA